AAUCGUAGGACUGACUGCUCAGCUUCACUAAUCGAGGAUUAGCUACAACCGCCUGCAGUCUACAGUUCUGGGAGGGUUGGGUAGUCACUGCCGUUCACUACUCACCAUCUGUUAUUAUUAGCUCAGCUGAUCCUGGAGCGGGGCUCUUUCUCAGCAGCAGCGACUUUUGCAUUGCGCAACCAAGCAGCCUGCUCACACUGGGACCUCAGGUAAAGGUGUGGGAGUACAGCAGAGGAAAGCUCCUACUGUAGGCCAGGUAGGACCAAGUCGAUGGCCCUUUAAAUUAAAUCCACACCGUGGUAACACCACGCACUGAAGCACUGCUCCGUUUUCCGCGACUCAAUGUUCAAGACGGCCAAUUACCUGACGGUGGAUCCUGCGCCCACUAUCAUGCACGGUACUUGGUUUACCACGGGGUGCAGAGAAAGCACGCCGGCGGCGGCGGUGGAGAAACCUAAGAAAAAACCGUUCAGCCUGGUCAAAAUAAUGUCUCUCAGCAAAAGGAAAGGACGCGACCAGCAACCACAUCUCAAUAACAACAUGCCCUUUACCAUCCACUGUCACAUCGGGAAAGAGAUUAAGCACAUUUGCAGCAAUUGCAGCCGCGGGAACGAUACACAGGACGCUGAGGAAGUAAAGAGGCUGGCCACCAUGCGUUCUGAGUCCUUGGUCUCUGGUACCCAUACUCCACCCAUCCAUUGUCGGAGCAAGUUCGCCACUCUGGGACGCCUCCUCAAGCCCUGGAAAUGGAGGAAGAAGAAGAGUGAGAAGUUCAAGCAGACAUCUGCUGCUCUGGAGAGGAAGAUGUCGGUGCGUCAGAGCAGAGAUGAACUGAUCAAGAGAGGAGUGCUCAAGGAGAUUUUUGAAAAAGCCACUGUUGAAUUCCGAUCUUCAAUAGACGGUGGAGUCUACACUCAGGAGCCAUCUUUUAAGUCAUCUAUGGUCUUGCCUAACAAGAAAUCUGUGACCUAUCCAGGUGACCAUCAGGACACCCCUGCCAAGCCGCCGCUGUACCACAAACAGCCUCCUGCUCUCCCUCCAAAGCCUUUCUCCUGGAUCCCAAACCACAGCACAGAUUCUUGCCAGCCUGUGAAGUUGCCCUGUAUGCCCAGUGGAAAGCACUCUCCUCCUCUGCCUCCCAAGAAAGUGAUGAUUUGUGUGCCUCCAGGAGGACUAGACUCUUCCACCUCACCUUCUCCAUCCCCCAACACUCGCCCUCAGAAAUGUGCCCCUUCCCAGGGCAUGCCCUCCCUCCACGGCACCUUGUUGCCCUCUCAGCUCGCCGGUCUGUCUAGUCUUCAUCAGAGCCAUGGUCACCCGCUCCAGCUUCAGUAUGGCAGCUUGCGUGCGCCUAGCCGCAUCAUCGAGGAGCUCAAUAAAACCUUGGCACUCUCCAUGCAGAGAUUUGAAAGCUCUAUACUGCAUGGAGGUGGUCAGUGUGUGCCUCUGGACAGAAGAGAAGUGCAGUCUGUGAUCACUGACUACGAGGAUGACAAGGAGAACAUGCCCAAUGAGUCGGACUAUGAAGACCUUCCCAGUAUGUAUAAGGAUGAAGACGAUGAUGUGGAUGACGAUGAGGACGAUGAGGAAGACGAUGACUCAAUAUUUACAAGUACCCUGGCUCAGAAGGUGCUGCGGAAAGACUCUCUGGCCAUCAAGCUGAGUAAUCGUCCUUCCAAAAGAGAGCUGGAGGAGAAAAACAUCCUGCCCAUGCAGACAAAUGAGGAGAGACUGGAAUCUAGGCAGCAGAUAGGCACCAAACUCACAAGGCGUUUGAGUCAGAGACCCACAGCAGAGGAGCUAGAACAGAGGAACAUCCUCAAACCUCGCAAUGAACAAGAGGAAAUAGAAGAAAAGAGAGAGAUAAAACGAAGGCUAACACGAAAGCUGAGCCAGAGGCCCACUGUAGAGGAACUGAGACAGGCCAAAAUUCUCAUCCGAUUCAGUGACUACGUGGAGGUGUCAGAUGCCCAGGACUAUGACAGACGGGCAGAUAAACCCUGGACCCGGCUCACAGCAGCUGAUAAGGCAGCUAUACGGAAAGAACUCAAUGACUUCAAGAGCAAUGAGAUGGAAGUUCAUGAGUCAAGUCGCCAUUUAACCAGGUUUCACAGACCAUAGUAGACCACCACUGUCUUGAGCAGUGCCAGACUGGCGCUCUCCUCCACUGAGAACCUUAAGUGCUGGACAGUAAAAUGGUGCCCAUUUCUACAAUAAGGCCAUGUCUUCUGAAAUGCCUUGUCAAGAUCCACACAACCAAGUCGGUACCAUGCCGCAAGAUGCAGACCCCCACUACACCAUCCACUGUAGUAGCACAGAAAGACUCCAGCUGAUUCACAUCACCCCUUUGUGGAAUUUGCUUGAGUGUCUUAAACCUCUCUGCUGAGCCCUCAGGCAGCUGCUCAGCUCUGCGGAGAUUUGGACAGCAGGACAGUUUUUGUUUGUUUGCAAGUGACUGACACUUGUGACAUCUUCUGAGGGCAACUGCACCUUGGUUCAUCAAUCAACAUCAGUGGACAUGUUUUUAACUUUCUCCUUUAUUAUGCUAUCACUCUAGACUAUCUAGCAAUUAUGGAGAGCUCUGUGCGACGAUGCAGGGUUGACUUUUCUGAGCUCACUCUAUCAGCAGGAG